AUGUCCGGCUACGAAGACGAUGGCGACCUCGUGCCCCAUCACGGAAAACCCAGCCGCACCGCCACCACCAAGAUGCCUUGGUGGAAUCCUCGAUACUGGGCCCGCAAAGUCUGGAUUGCCGUUGCCGUCGCCGUUGUCAUCAUCGUCGUCGUCAUUGGCGUGGCUGUCGGUGUGACCGUGUCCAAGAACAACGCCUACCCCAGCUACAAGGCGCUGUCCUACACGCUGCAAGACACAUGCAAGGAACCGCCUCAACACUCGGGCGAGACCUUUUUUGACCAGUUCAACUACUUCAACACAUACGACCCGGUCCAGCCCAUGGCUUCGUACACUACGUCAGCGAGGCCGACGCCAAGCUCCAUGCAAAACCUCACCUACGCGACCUCCAGUGCCGCCGUCAUCAAGGUCGACACCACCGUCGGCCCUGGUUCCACCCCGGACGCCUCCACCGGCCGCUUCUCUGUGCGCAUCGAGUCCAAGAAGACGUACAACAAGGGGCUCUUCCUCUUCGAUGUCCGGCACAGCCCCUACGGCUGCGCCGCGUGGCCCGCGCUCUGGCUGACGGACCCGUCGCACUGGCCCGACCACGGCGAGGUCGACGUGCUCGAGGCCGUCAACGGCGGCGACGCCGGCAACAUGAUGACGCUCCACACGGCCCGCGGCUGCUCCAUGCGCGGCCGCCGCAGGAUGACGGGCCAGGCGCUCGACGCCUCGUGCUACGUCGGCGACAACAGCAAUGCCGGCUGCGGCGUCCAGGGCCCCGCCGCCUCGUUCGGCGCCGCGUUCAACCGCAACCAGGGCGGCCUCAUGGCCGUCGAGUGGCGCGACGACGGCAUCCGCAUGUGGCAGUUUGCGCGCGACGGCAUCCCCGCGGAUAUCACCGGCAAGAAGCCCACCCCCGACGCGUGGGGAACGGCCGCCGCCGAUUUUCCAAACACCCAUUGUGAUAUCGGCGCUAGAUUCACCAACAACUCCAUCAUUGCCAACAUUGACCUCUGCGGCGACUUGAUCGAGGCUAGCUGGAACAGUUCAAGCUGCGGUGGCGGCGCAACGUGCUCCAACUAUGUCGCGAACAAGCCGGCCGAGUUUGCCAAUGCAUACUGGGAAUUCGGCGCCUUUGAAGUAUACCAGGCUUCGUAA